ACUUUUCAGCUGAAGAUUCUCCGGGGAAUAUCAAACUACCACGUCUGCAGAGGGGAUAGAGAGAGGAAGAGGAGAGGGGAUCAAAAUAAGCAGCGUGCAGGAUAGAGAAGAGAGGACAGCGAGGAGUAAAGACAGCUUUAUGAAAACAAAGGCGGCUGCAACAUCUGGAGCGAGGCGUGAGCUUCAUUUGGAGAGAAGUACGCACAGCCAGAAGCUCCAGCGCCCACACUUCCUGCUCCCCAUGUCCGUCCUUUUGGUUAAAAGUUAAAGAGAAGAAUGCAAAGACUUUACAAAUAGCUGCGGUUGUUUAAGUUACUCAAGUAUAGUUGCAGAGACGCACAGCUGCAUAUUCCCUGGAAACGACCAUCGUCAUACACGCACAGCUGCGCUCGGAAAAUCAUUUAUGGGAUACAUUUUUCGAUAGACGAUGUUUUGACAAAUAGCAAAGAGAAGUGUGGGUCAGCUGUUAUUAGAGGAUCUGUCUGUUUUUAACUGUAUCUGGACAGUCGAGGGAUGGCACCGGAGCUCAAGAUGCUUCUUCGACUGCUGCUGCUGGCAGUGGUGUGGGAGCUGAGCGCACAGGGAGCGACGGAGCGACAAGUCAAUCCAGAGUCAUGGUUGCAGCAAUACGGCUACCUCCCCCCAGGGGACUUACGGACCCACGCCCUCCGCUCCCCAAACUCUAUCUCCUCAGCCAUCGCCGCCAUGCAGAGGUUCUACGGCCUCACUGUGAGCGGCAGCUUUGACAUCAAGACCAUCGAAGCCAUGAAGAAACCACGCUGUGGUGUCCCAGAUAAGUUUGGUGCCGAGCUGAAGACCAACCUGAGGAGGAAGCGGUACGCCAUCCAGGGCCUGAAGUGGAACAAGAAUGAAGUCACAUUCUCGAUACAGAACUACACCCCGAAGGUCGGUGAGUACGAGACCCAUGAGGCUAUCAGGAAGGCCUUCAAGGUGUGGGAGGCCGUCACCCCGCUGCGUUUCAGAGAAAUCCCCUACAGUUACAUCAGAGACAAGGUGGAGGAAUUUGCAGAUAUUAUGCUCUUCUUCGCUGAGGGUUUCCAUGGUGACAGCAGUCCGUUUGAUGGCGAGGGGGGUUUUCUGGCACACGCCUACUUCCCUAGUAAUGGAAUCGGAGGAGACACCCACUUUGAUGCAGCUGAGCCAUGGACUAUUGGAAACCGGGAUCUGUCAGGGAAUGAUGUCUUCCUGGUUGCGGUGCAUGAACUCGGCCACGCUCUGGGUCUGGAGCACUCUAAUGAUCCUUCAGCCAUCAUGGCUCCCUUCUACCAGUGGAUGGACACUGACAACUUCCAGCUUCCUGAUGACGAUCGCAGAGGCAUACAGCAGCUUUAUGGGUCUGGAUCAGGCCCUCAGCCUCCUCCUGUGACACCGCGUUAUCCAAACCACGACCCCCAGCCCACAUAUGCACCAGACAAGCCCCGCUUUGGCCCCAACAUCUGUGAUGGACACUUUGACACCAUCGCCAUCCUCAGAGGAGAAAUGUUUGUGUUCAAGGACAAAUGGUUCUGGAGGGUACGUAACAACCAUGUUCUGGAUGGAUACCCAAUGCCGAUUGGUCACUUCUGGAGGGGAUUGCCCACCCAUGUCACUUCAGCUUUUGAAAGGGAAGAUGGGAAAUUUGCCUUCUUCAAAGGUGACAAGUACUGGGUGUUCACUGAAUCCAUUCUGGAGUCUGGUUUCCCUAGAAAUAUUAAUGAAAUGGGCACUGGGCUUCCCAAAGAUCGAAUAGAUGCAGCUCUCUACUACACCCCCACUGGACAGACAUUUUUCUUCAGAGCAAACAAGUAUUACCGUUUCAAUGAAGAAACAAGAUCUGUAGACGACAACUAUCCGAAACCUAUAAGCACAUGGCAGGGAGUGCCAGAUAACAUCAAGGCCGCCUUCAUGAGCAAAGAUCAAGCUUACACCUACUUCUACAAAGCCAACAAGUACUGGAAGUUCAACAACCAGAUGAUGCGUGUAGAGCCAGGAUACCCCAAAUCAGCCCUUCGUGACUGGAUGGGCUGCCCCAACGAAGACCCGAAGACAGACGGAGGAAGAGGAGGAGGCGGACACGACAAGGACAAGGACAAGGACAAGGAGAGGGAGAGGGAGAAGGAGAGGGAGAGGGAGAGGGAGAGAGAGAAGGACAAGGAGCGUGAGGAUAGGGACAGAGCUAGAGAUAGAGAGAGAGAUAGAGAGGAUAGGGAGAAGGAGAGAGAUAAGGAGACACAGGAGGAUACGGAGGUGAUCAUUAUUGAAGUGGAUGAGGAGGAAGGGAUAGGUGGUGGCAGCGGAGCAGCAGCGGUUGUUCUGCCGCUCUUCCUCUUAGUGUGUGUGAUUGCAACGCUGGCGGCUUUGGUGUUUUUCCGUCGGUACGGUACCCCACGCCGACUCCUCUACUGCCAACGAUCUUUACUGGACAAGGUUUAGACGGAGGAGGUGGGGAGGGAGAGAGAGGAAAAUGUGUGGAGAGAAGGAGGAAAAAAAAGUGGAGAGACAUGUUAAACAGAGAUCCAAAGAUCAGGAGAGAAAGAGAUCAAACUGGAGGAAGAGCAGAAGGAAAAGCACACACUUGCAUUUUAGAUAUUUGUACCACUGCCAGAUUUCUUUUGCUCUAUCUCCCAUCCACUCUAUCUUUCUCUUUCUCUCUUUCUUUAGUCUCUGCCUCUCUUCUUGUGGUUUCUGACGCCAGCUCAUUGCUGUUUGUUUUAGCCUUUUUUAAUGUCCUGUUUUUAGAUUGUUUUCAGUGGUCAGUGUUUGUGUCUUUGUGAAUUUCCGCUUUGAACCUGCCUCUUCACGACGCCCAUUCUUGCAUGUUCUUUAAGUAAGCCAGAAGAGUAUUUGAUGGCUGUUCUUCCCCCUCGUUAACUUCGACAUACUGACAUCAACAAAAACAUUGUGAAAAACCACAGUGGCACAGUCACCGUGUUUCCUAAUCUUCCAGCUCAGUCACAUGUCAGAACCAAUAUGAACCAUAUAAGGGAAAUGAAACAUUAGCCCAAAUCCUCGAGAAGCAUGAGAUCACCGAUUCAGAGAAAUGCAAUGAUGUAACUGUGUCUUUACUUUUUUAUAUCAAUGUCUUCAGAGCUGAUUUUUAUAAGAAGUGAUGUUGUCAUUAUUAUUAUGACUAUUAUUAUUAUUUUUGUUGUUCUUUGUGCAAAGAAUGUGUUUUUGUACAUUGUCAUUAAAAGGUCCUGCUGGACAGUGACAUACAGUUUUGAAAGUGGCCUUAAUUUUAUAUAUGUGGGGACAGUGAAUGGGGAAGGGAAUUAUGUAUUAAUGAAACUUGAUUGUUUUUUUAUCUUGAAUCCAUCUCAAAAUGAAAAUAAAUUGAAGAACUGAAAAUGA